AUGCCGUCCAGCAAGAAGCAGAAGCUCAAUCGCGAGUCGAAUGCAGCUUAUAUCACUUCUCAGCCGUUAUUCGACGCGCUCCGCAAUGCCACGAAUGCCAUUUCCAACCACAAAGUGCUCCUCCAGGAAGCGCGCGACACAAUUCAGUCGAUCCACGUGAAGCUUCCCAUUAACGAUGGCGAUGCUGAGAAGCACGAAGCCUGCCUGAAGAACAUUGUCGCUGCAUGGGCGGGCGAGACGCAGACGUACCACGAGGUCUUCCGACAAAUCACUCUCCUCACUGGGGCAGAUAUCAGCCAAGGUCGUCCAGCCGCGAAGUCUCAUGAGAAGUACAUGGCCAUUCUCGACACCAUCUCGAGAGCUCAAGAAGCUGUGGAUGCGUUCCGUAGCCUGAGUGAGGAGGUUGAAGAGGAGAGUGAUGAGCAAGCUGGWGAAGAGAGCGAAGAGGAGAUCGUCAAGCAAGAACCGCACAGCGACUCUGCGUCUGACUCGCCUCCGUCUGCGAAGUCGUCCAAAUCGGCUAUCCCGCCCACAGUCCUGCCCAAGCGACCUUUCGUGAAAGACGAGUCCGCCGAGGAAGGUGCCAACAAGGUUCAGAAACUCAAUGUCACUGCUACAAAGACCGCCGCCCAUGCUUCGCACGAGAAGAAGCAGGCCAACUCCAACGCCAGGUCGAGGCGCAAGGCUGUCAAAAAGGCGGCUGCCGACGCCGCUGCAGCCGAGCUGGUCCAGUCCAAAUCCACCCUCAACACCGCAGCUUCCACCUCAACCGCCAGUAAGAUCGACGAAGCGCACGCACCUGCCGCSCCUGUCGUCGAGUAUGAAGACGUCAAUUCAGAAGUUGAGGCUCGAGUCAAGGCCAAAGCCGAAAAGACUGCUGCAAAGAAGGCACGCCGCGAAGAGAAGAAGCGCAAGCGGGAGAGUGUCGAUUCUUUUGCCAAGCAUGAGCCAGACGAGGGCGUGAUCUACGAUGAUACGACCAACCCGGAGCCCGAGCAGCCAGUCGCCAAGCCAGAGCUGGUUGGCAAGCCCAACAAGAAGAAAGUCAAGAAGGCACAUGUCUCAGUGGAGGACGUUGUCGAUGGCACUCCAGCGAAGACCGACACCGCGCCGUUGAAACAGAAGGCCAAGAUCAUCGCUCCCGCAGUGAACCCCGCUGAAAAGGUCGUGAAGCGCAAGCCCGAUGCCGCUGCUGAUGAACGGGCACGUGCCAAGAAGCGUAAGACAAACCAUGCUGGCAAUAACUAA